GAAUUGGGAAACGGUGUGUUCCUGCAGUUAGCUACUUCCCUGCGGAGGAGUCGGAGAUAUUGACGGGCUGGGAAGGGAAAUCAGAUUUUGACCCUUAACUUGCCCGGAAUGGUAAAGGAGGAAUCGCCCAGCUCUUAAGGAAGGCGCCGGGAUAUGAGUGAGUUCAUUCCGAGCCAACAGCUCAGUCUGUCUCCCUCCUCUUCAAAUAGCUGAAGGUGUUCCAAACUUGCCUGGGAAAGACGUCUCAGCACCUACAGUUCCCCCCCGCCCCACGACACCCACCCCACCUGCAAUCCCGGGGGAGGAGGAUUACAGUGAAACAUGCAGACGUGGCUCAGAGCGAAACGAGUGGGAUUCUGCCUUAGCGACAAGAAAAGGAAGAAACUGAAUUUCCUGGUGUUUGCAGAGCUGUGUCGGGCAAGAGGAAUUGAGGUUGUGCAGAUCGAUCUGACACAAUCGAUUGAAGACCAGGGACCUUUCGAUCUGAUCAUUCACAAACUUUCAGACUUGAUGCGAGACGCUGAUCAGAACGAUGCCCAGUCCCAGCAGCUUGUCCAGAAAUUUCAGGAUUAUGUAGAAGCCCAUCCCCAAACGAUCUUGUUAGAUCCCUUGCCGGCGAUGCGAAGGUUGUCAGAUCGUUUUCAAUCCUACAAACUUAUUCGGGAGCUGCAGUCCCUGGACCAAGGUCAUCAGUUCUGCAAUCCUCCGUAUCUGGAGCUGGCUACUGGAAACCAAAGCGAGAUCCUGCGUCUGAUUAAAGAACAAAACUUGACCUUUCCACUCAUUUGCAAAACCAGAGUUGCACAGGGAUCCAGCUCUCAUGAUAUGGCUCUCAUCUUCAAUGAGGAUGGCCUGAGGGAUGUGACCCCACCCUGUGUAUUGCAAAGCUUCAUCAACCACAAUGCCGUCCUCUACAAAAUCUUCGUUGUUGGCCAAUCAUAUUUUGUCGCGAAGAGACCCUCACUGAAGAACUUUGCAGUUGGCCAGUCGGAUCAGAAGACUAUAUUCUUCAACAGUCAUGAAGUCUCGAAACCAGAAUCCUGCUCACAUCUAACAGAGAGGGAGGAAGGGGAUUGCCUUCCCAGUGGACCCUCUGACAAAAUCAUCCAGUUCAUCAGCCGAGGCAUACAGGCAGCCCUGGGAAUGUCGCUGUUUGGGGUGGAUGUGAUCGUCGAUAAUAAAACUGGCAAACUCGCACUGAUUGACAUCAACGCAUUCCCAGGUUACGAAGGUUUUCCAGAAUUCUUCAGUGCCCUCUUGAACCACGUGGAGGCGCUGCUGCGUGAGCGGGAGAGAGAUCCACAGGGACGAGGCCUAGUGGCCAAGCAACAGGGGCCUCACCGGAGGUGCCCCGACCUGCCCGAGGCCUGGUCGCCUGCCCCCGUCUCUAACUGCGCCAACAGUCUGGCAAGAGACGUCUGGGCCCCAGAAGAACCUCCCACGGGAAGACGGGCAUCGGACUCCAGCUGCUUCAGGGAUUUUGCCCUACCCCAGGCUGCCCUGUGCCAGUCCAAAUAUGAAUAGCCACACGCCAACCCACACCCAACCAUCUCAUCAGUCGUCCGCCAUUAUAAACAAAAAACAGCGGGCUCCAGCUGGCACUUCUGGGAAGUGCAGAUUAAUUGUUAGAUGAGUUUUAUUCUACACUAAAGCUGGCAUCACUUGAUGCCUUGAAUCCAGAAUGUUCCAGUAGCCUGCCACUACACUCUCACCCCUCAAUGCAAAAGUACCAUAUCCGUCACUGACUGGAAACCAUUCCAAUACUAACUGGAAACUGAGUGUUGCCAUGGAAGCGUAAUCAUGGUGGAGGCUCAAUUCGAGGAACUCUGAGGGUCAGCUCGAGGCAUUCUGUUUGAGGAGAUUCAUUUUGUUUUCCCAAAUUCUUUCAUGGGGCAUGGGUGUCACUGGUUAGGCCCUAAUUUCCAGAAGGCAAUUAAGUGACAAUCACUUGACUCCAGUGGGUCUGGAGUCACGUGUAGGCCAGACUGGGUUAGGACAGCAGGUUUUGUCCCCUGAAGGGAGUGAGCUAGACCAUUUGCAACAAUUGACAUGGUCGCGUUUCCAAAUAAUGUUGAAUUCAAGUUUUACCAUCUGCCAUGGUAGGAUUUGAACCCAUGACCCCAGAACUUCAGCCUAGGGGAGUAUUAGCCAAGUGACUUGGGCUCUAAUCUACCACCUUCCAUACUUGAGGGACUCUCUCUGAGAGUCUGUGUUGAGGGAUUCUGAGGCUGUUUGUGAGGCACUGUUCGAGUUUCUUUUCAAGGUGAGGGUUCGUGUGUGAGGGUCUGUGUUUGAGGACAUGUACUUGAAGGACUCUUUUCAUGGGCCUGUCAUGGAAGACUCUGCCUGAGGGUCUGCGUUUGCGGUUGAGAGUCCACGUUUGUGUUUGAGGGCCCAUGUUUGUGUUUGAGUGUCCGGAUUUGAGGGUCCGCGCUUGUGUUUGAAAGACUCUGACAGUCUGUAUGUCAGGGUUUGAGUUUGAGGGCCUGUGUUUGAAAGACUCUGCCUGAGGGUGUGUGUUUGUGUUUGAAAUGCUCUGUAUGAGAGCCUGCAUUUUGAGGGCAUGCGUCUGUGUUUGAUAGACUCUGUCCAAGGGUCUGUGCUUAUGAUUGAAAGACUCUGUCUGAGGACCUAUGGCGGAGGAUCUAUGAGGUGUGUUUGAGGAGCUGGAUGAGGCAUUACCCAGCAGGUGAAAAGUCUUGGGAAUUGUGAGCAACUCCUUCCAGCUACGAUCCUCUGCACGAACCAGUGUUUCUGAUGCCCCAGCCUGUGCUGGAUUAUACAAACUUCACUGUAGCUGAUCUAGAAUCAAUGGAUUCAUGAAGUGAUUAGAAGCUACCGGCAGUUUCAAUGCCUUGUUUUAAAGCGGUGUGUAUAAAUAUACAAAAGAUUGGACUGAAAUUCAGUUUUUUUUUUAAAUGUUUUUUUUCCUGAAGUACUGUGACAUCUUGAUUGUAAUUUCUUUUAUAUAUAAAAGCGUCCACUUA